UUUGGGUUGAUGUUAUAAGUGUCUGGUAUGAGUGUUUAGAUCAGUAUGUCUGAAGGAAUAGUCUACGCUGAUGUGAAGUUCAAGAAGCGCCAAAGGACUGAAGGAAAAGAUGGUGCAUCCACAGCGAAUGAUGCCACGUACUCUGAAAUCUCAAUUCCCAAAGCCGGACGCAACCAGCCAUCUACCGACACUAAUGCUGGUGACCCUGAUUCUCAGGAGGGGUCAAAGGUCAAACCAGGUGGAUAUGACCCUGUCAAAGUGGUCCUGGUGACUCUCUGUGUUCUUCUGAUGGGUGCUGUCAUUGGACUUGUGUUCCUGUAUAUCAGCAACCUGCCAACCAAAAACACAGAGCUCCAAAUUCUGCAAGCGGCUUACGAUCGAAAUCUUACAUCAGCUUUAAUGAUCAAAAACAGAGAGCUUCAAGAACUGCAAGACAAGAUCAAAGAUCUUCAGGAGAAGGAACGUGCAGCUCGGCAACAAAAUGAAGAAUUGAAAAAGCAGAAAAAUCCACCCUCUUGCCCUACAAACACAGGGAAUAAAGACUGUCCUAAACCUAGAAACUGUGCUGAAAACUGGGAGUAUUAUGGGGGGGAAACGGCCAUAGCCCACUCCAACGGCCGUACGGUCAGCAGGACAAUGACCGUGGCAACCUUGGACCUCUCGGUGGUGGGUCUCCCGUCUGCACUGGAGUAG